CUUUUCUUUCUUUAUUUUAUUUUAUUUUUUUACCGAUUAAUCAUGGCCGCCAAAACUUUUAGUGACAGACUCAAGAAAUAUGCUUUAUAUGAAUGCACUGCCGAUCUCUCUCACUUGCAUCCUAAUGAACUGACUGCCCUUAAACACUUGGUCAAGGCUGCGAAUAUCAUUGAUGACAUUUAUUAUCGUCAACUAUGGUCCGGAGCUACGGAAUUACGCAAAAAGGUACUUGGAGGAGAUGAUGCCGAAUUGAAGGAAUUAUUUGAAGUAUACAAGGGACCUUGGGCUGGUGAUGACCAUGAUGCACCUUUUAUUCCUGGUGUUCCCAAGCGACCUGGAGGUGCCAACUAUUAUCCUGAAGAUAUGACGUCUGAAGAAUUCGAAUCAUUUGUAGCCUCAUUAUCACCUGAAGAUCAAGUACAAGCCAGAAGUUUCUAUACAGUGAUUCAACGUAACAAGGAAGGCGGAUUACAAAUAGUACCUUAUACUGAAGUCUAUGGUGAUUUAUUGAAGCCUUUGGCCGAUCAACUUAUUGCUGCUGCUGAAGAAUUAGAACAAGUACCUAUUCAUAAAGGAAAAGAUGAAACAUCCAAGACAACAGUGGCUGAAUUUUUACGAUCUCGCGCAGCUUCUUUCUUAUCCAAUGAUUAUGUUUCCUCUGAAGUUGACUGGCUUCAUCUUGGUACUUUUAACAAUCUGGAAGUCACUGUAUCUGCUUACGAAGUCUACAUGGAUGCUGAUCGUGGAUUGAAAGCUGCCUAUGAAAUGUAUCUUCAUGUCCGUGAUCAACAUGCUUCAAGUCUCUUGGAAAAGUUCUCCGAUUUGCAAUAUGCUGAAGAUCAUCUACCUGUGCCCGAACAAUACAAGAACAAAGAUUUGGUGCCUGCUCCCAUUGUGGUGGUGAAUCAAUUAUAUGCUGGUGGUGAUGUAUCUGUCCCUAUGACAGCAGCCUACAAUCUUCCUAAUGACGAAGUUGCUAUCAAAAAAGCAGGAAGCAAAUUGGUUUUGAUCAAGAAUGUUCAAGAAGGAAAAUUCAAGCAUGUUCUGGAACCUAUUGCAAAGCAAGUAUUACAAGCUGAUCAGUUACAAUAUUUGAAAAAAGAUGCAUUCACCACCCAUGUCUUAUUACACGAAGUUUCACAUUCAAAUGGUUGUCAUUUUACAUUAAAGGGGGAUACUGUCCGAUCUGCACUCAAGGAACAUCAUUCAACUCUUGAGGAAGCAAAAGCAGAUAUUGCCGCCCUUUUUGUUUCUGAUUUGAUGGUAAAGAAGGGAGUGAUUGAUGAUGUAACACAAAAGCAAUUCUGGGUCACCUUUUUGGCCUCUGCUUUUAGAAGUAUUCGAUUUGGGAUUCAAGAAGCUCAUGGUCGCGGUCAGGUGAUUCAAUUGAAUUAUUUGGUUGAAAAAGGUGGAUUUACAUUUGAUCAAGAUGGCAUAUUUGGUGUUGAUUUUGACAAGAUAGAACAAGCUGUGGCUGAUCUCACUCAUGAUAUCUUGGUAUUGCAAGGGGAUGGUGACAAGGCAGCCGUGGAUGCUUUUGUCAAUAAGUAUGCCGUUAUUGAACCAGCUACUCGAAUUGCCUUGGAUAGAAUUGAUAAUUCUGGUAUUCCUGUUGAUAUUCGACCAAUUUACCCUCUUAUCAAGUCUUUGGAAUAAUUUAGCAUAUUAUCCUAUAUAGUUGUAAUUUUUAUAUUGGAAUCAAAAAGAAAUAAAUUAAAAUAAAAUAUUUGAAAACUA